AUGUGCAACCUUAACACACCUCUUAAUGGCCGAAAUUUAUCUGCAUUUGGCUCUUAGCACGGAUGGCCAGAUAUCCUUCCUUUGAAGACUAUCGUAAGAGGUUGGAAUCCUUCACGAGUCAGUUUCCUAUUACUGGUAUAAGUUCUACACUCUUUGCUGAGGCAGGCUUUUAUUCUAUUGCUGUUCAAGAUUAUACUAGAUGUUUCUAUUGUGGAGUUGGACUUCGAGGGUGGGAUAAUACUGAUGAUCCCUGGAUACAACAUGCUAAAUUUUCUAGUAGCUGCCAAUUUCUCAUAGAAAAAAAGGGAAUCGAAUUCAUUAGGAGCUAUCAGCCAGGAAAUUCUGCUGGUUUCAGAUCUACUGAGACACGUACAACAAAUGAGAAAACUGAGCGGCCGUCAGAAAAUGACUCUGCAACUACGAUUAGAAAGUUGAACGAUAAUGAAAUAAGACUGCACGUAAAAAUGCGUAUGGAAUAUCCCAAAACCAGAAUGCUAUUAGAAAAUUGCUCAGAACUGGGAAUCUCUCAGGCACUACUUGAAAAAGCAUUGGAAACAAGACUCGAUCUUCAGAAUGAUGAUUUCGAAAGUUUCGAAGACUGGAUUGAAGCAGCCAAAAAUUUGUCUAACCAGCCGUAG